GCUUUACGGGAACUACAGUUUCAGGUGGAGAGUGUGAAAUUUCAUUCAAUCGCUAACAAUUCGUAAUAAAGUAAAAAAGAAAUCUUAAUUAUAUCAAUUUCGCCGAAAUUGAUUUCUGAAAUACGUAAUUUGAGAAUUUGCAAACAAAUCAUUCUUAAAAGUCUUAACUGUCAGAGUUCAUGUGGAAAUAUGUAUCCAGGCGUGUUAAAGAAACCAUUGAACUUAGUAUCAAUGUACGGAAAAGCUUUACUAUCCAACAAAAUAUAAAUAAUAAUUCACAGCAACAAAAUGACCGCAAACAUAAUCAACAACACAAUAAUAACUUUAAAGUUAUUCCACGAUAUCAGGACCCGUCAAGAGACAAAGAGAAAUCAGAUGAAAAUUUUAAGAAGAAGUAUCAUCGUUUGCACAAUAACAAUCGAUGCGUUUUAAAUGCUUUAUCUUGGUCAACAGCACUAAUUACUGGUUUCUACGCUUCUCAAUUAUUAUGUUUGUAUCGUCGACGACAACGAUUUGGUUUGGAUAUAAAUCGUUGCUAUUAUUCAAAAUAUGUCUUGAACACAACUCAUUCGCUUCAUCAGAAUGUCAAAUAUCUUUUGACUCAAGAUGCUAUGUUGUCAUUGCUUCCAACGUUUUCAAAGUUUCAAUGCCCAUUUAAAAGAAUCAGAAACAGUGUCACACAACAGACAAUUGAAAUAAGGAAACGAACGGUUGAGGACGAAUUUAUAAAUUUCAAGCAUUUUGUCGAAGAUCCUGGAUACAAAAAAUAUGAAGAGUUUUUUGAGACUUUUUAUAAAUCUUCAUCAUCAAAUUCAAGUAAUCAUGAAGUGUACAAUGUUAAUAAUAACAUUUCUGAACAGAGCAAAACGAAUGAAGAAUCAUCUAAUGAACAAAAAAAUCUCAAAGAAUCAACUGGAGAAAAAGAUGAAGAAAAUGCAAUUGAUGAUGCAAUUCGUCAAUUAGCUUACAUUGUUGGAGAAAUGGAGUUUGAAUUGGGAAUUGAAAGUAUCACUUCAGGUGAAUAUGAAGCAGCUGUUGAUCACUUUAAAUUGAGUUCAAAUCACAAUCAUCCUGGUGGUAUAUUUAAUUUGGCUCUGUGUUAUGAACGUGGUGUGGGUGUUAAGAAAAACAUGCAAGCAGCUAAAGAACUUUAUGAGAUUGCAAGUGAAUUGGGACAUGCAAAAAGUUUCUACAAUCUUGGAGUUUUUUAUGCUCAGGGACUCGGUGGAACUCGUAAAAGUUUCGAUAAAGCAAAGAAAUAUUUCGAGCAAGCAGCUGAAUUAGGAAAUGACGAUGCCAUUCAAGCAUUGUCUCUUUUACUUUCACCGCAACAAAAGAAAAUUAUAAGCAAUAAAUUCUCUGAUGACGAUUUUUUCUUCGCUGAAAAACAAAUUUUAUCAAAUCCAAUUAGUGCCAUCGAUAACAUUGUCCGAAGUGUUGCAACUACUUAGCUCGCCAAAGGCAAGGAUAAAAAUUUUCAUUUAGGGCAAUGGUAUUUCAUUUUUGACUAUUCUAAAGAAAUUUGAUUUAUAUAUUUAUCUUUAUUCUUGUAAUUAGUUAUAACUUAUUAAAGUUUCAAAUGUAAUUGAAUUUAAGCACCAGCCUUUUUCCUAAAGUUUGAUUUAUAUAAUAAACAAAGAAAUCAAUAGUUAAGAAGAAUGGGAAAAAUAAUAAAGCCGUAUAGCAGUCCAUAAUAAUCUGGUUAUCAAAUAUUUCAUCGUUUUUAUCAGGACAUACAAAAUUACGAUCAUAUUGAUAACAGCUUUUGUGUACUUCGAAUACUUUUUCGCUAGUUGAUAUCAUUUCAUUUGUCUUUACCACUUAAUGAAUCAUGAUUUAAUUUUAAACUGAAUUAAUUCAACUGUUGAGUUCAACGUGUAAACUUAAACGACGUCAUUUAGUGAAUGGUAAUAAAAAAAAAGAAAAAAAAAUUGUUGUAAAAUAAUUUCAGGAAAA